AUGCAUGCAAUGGCAUCAAAGCAAUAUGAGGUAUCUGACAAUGUUUUGCAUUUUCUGCUUGGUUGUGAUCGAGUUCACGAUACUUGUGAUGCCACCGCUGUUGCCGCCGCUGCCACCGCCACCGAAGAUACUCCUCCUCAUACCCAUCUCCAUUUUGAUACUGUUUUUGUGGGUAAGAGGAAAAGCUCCAUUGAAGGAGGUAGCAACAAAUUGAAUCAAUUGCUAUUUGUGAUUGCAUCAAGCUACAUGCAAAGCAAUAAUGCAUUGUCAAAGAAACUCAGCACCAAUGACAGAAAGGAAAAGAUUUCAUUUCCAAAGAAACUCAGCACGCAAAACAAAGGAAGAUCUGUGGUGAAUUCGGUUUGUAAUAUUGUGAAUUUGUUGGUUGAGGUUAGGGUUUUGAUUGUGUUAAUGAAUGGAACAGUUUGUUCUGUUUAA